AUGGCUUUGUCCUACAUUCUCAUAUUAACAGCGGUUCUGACCUCAGUCAACGCUCUUGUUCCCGGAGUUUACACCAGAGGCCCGUGGGAAACCGCCCACGCCACCUUCUACGGUGGCAAGGAUGCAUCUGGGACCAUGGGUGGAGCAUGUGGGUACGGUAACCUGUACAGCCAAGGGUAUGGCGUGAACACUGCGGCGCUAAGUACGGCGCUGUUCAACAAUGGGCUGAGCUGCGGUGCUUGUUUCGAGCUCAAGUGUGUGGAUGAUCCUGAAUGGUGUCACCCCGGCAGCCCUUCUAUUUUCAUCACCGCUACCAAUUUCUGCCCGCCAAACUUUGAACAACCUAGUGAUAAUGGUGGGUGGUGCAACCCCCCUCGUGCCCAUUUCGACCUUUCCAUGCCUAUGUUUCUCAAGAUUGCGGAGUACCGAGCUGGAAUCGUCCCCGUUUCAUACCGCCGGGUGCCAUGUCGUAAACAAGGAGGGAUAAGAUUCACCAUAAACGGUUUUCGCUACUAUAACUUGGUUUUGAUCACCAAUGUUGCGGGUGCGGGGGAUAUCACUCAGGCUUGGGUCAAGGUUUCCAAAACCGAUUGGAUGAGUCUUAAAAGAAACUGGGGCCAAAACUGGCAAUCAGAUGAGGUGUUGAUUGGACAAUCACUUUCGUUCAAGAUUUUAGCUAGUGAUGGUCGCACUUCCAUCUCGGAGAACAUAGUACCUUCUAAUUGGCAAUUUGGUCAAACCUUUUCCGGAAAUAACUUUUGAGUUUGAAAGCUGAAUUGGGUUAAGACUCUGUUUGGUUGACGGUUUAGACUUUUAG